AUGUUUAGCGAUUGCUAUGACAACCCCGAAUUUCACACUCCCAUCCAGACUUCCUCUGCGUCCCACCAACGACUGAGAAGGACGGCGCUGCCCGACUACUGGCAGCAGAAGAACUGCAAAUGUUUUGAGACCAAAUAUCGCGAGAACAGAAGAUACCUCAUAGGCUCACUCGAACCUUUCGAUUCCCGGGCUAGGCAGCGUUGCUCUCUCGAUAUCUGCGUAUGGGAUCAGAUCCUCUCGCGAUAUCUCUGUGCUCCGGGAGAAGAGGGAGAAUUGUGGGGGGGGCGGCGACGGCGUGAGAAGAUGGCGGACGAGGCGGGUAGCAACGGCGACGCUACUGCCUUACCGGUGGGGAAGGAGGCAGUGGAUCGUCUGAUCAAAGAGAACAGCCAUAUCUUCACAGACACCCAGUGCAAAGUAUGCAGUGCAGUGCUGAUCUCUGAAUCUCAAAAGCUUGCUCAUUAUCAGAGCAAGAAACAUGCAAACAAAGUUCGGCGAUACAUGACUAUUCAUCAUGAGGAGGAGAUCAUCCAGAAGAAGAAAAUAAAACUAGACACAAAACAGCAAAGCAGCAAUGGAGAAGACAGGAACAAAUGCUGUCCCAUCUGUAACAUGACUUUUUCCUCACCUGUUGUGGCUAACUCCCACUAUUUAGGCAAGACGCAUGCCAGGAAUCUGAAGCUGAAACAACAGUCUCCUCAAGGAGAAGCAACUGAACCUGCCCAGAAACAACCUGCUGAACCUCCUCCCACUACUGUAUCUUCUAAUGAAGAGAAUCAAAACACUUCUGACCCGGACAAAUUCUGCAAUCUCUGCCAUGCCACAUUCAAUAAUCCCCUGAUGGCAAAACAGCACUACGUGGGCAAGAAACACAAAAAGCAGGAGACAAAACUUAAGCUAAUGGCACACUAUGGGAGAACCCCUGAAGAACCUACUGCCUCCACAGCUGGGAAAGGGUAUCCCUGUGAAGAUUGCAACAUAGUACUAAACUCCAUAGAGCAGUACCAAGCUCACAUCAGUGGUUUCAAACACAAGAACCAUAUACCAGGAGGAAUUCCUGUUACAGCACGCUACCCAAGGACGCUGUAUACACGAGAGGAGACGACAGGGCCUGAUGGCUACAGCUAUUUCAGCCAGGACCUCUAGAGCAUGUGCCAGUGCUAUUUUUGGAUAUUUGGCGGCCCAAAAGCGAACAGUAUUCAUCAGCCAGCUAUGAUUAUAUUGUUCCUCUGGCUAAAUGCAACUCCUGUCCUGCAGUGUACAGGUUUAGCUGAUUCAGAACUAACUAUUGGCUAAAGGAUCUAGAAUGGACAGGUCUACUAGUUGGCAUUUGUUCAGUCCUUUAGAAUAGUUUUCAUUGUGUAAUCUGUUGCUGUAUUAGCUGAUGGGUGGGGUGCAGCUUGUGUCUGACACAAGCGAGGUUCAGCACCUGCCAAGAUUCCAUCUUGAGCCCAUCCUUUCCCUCUGCCCAGAAGAAGCAGGAGAGAGUUCUGCGAACCGUACCAGCCAGAGGAGGUCAAACUUUGGAAGAAAGCUUGUUCUUGGUAACAGUGCUGGUUAAGAGUGAGCUGUGGAAUUUGUGUAACGGACAAACUGGUGGUCUUCUCCUCUGCUAGAAUGGGGCAUUCCAUCAUUGUGUUUAUCUUGCUCCUUUCUGAAUCCAUUGGAUUUGUUUGCAGAGAUUUUUAGGUCAACAAUUUGCCAUUUGCAUUCUUUUUGUAAUUCUUCAGAUGUUGGCUGUGGAGCAUCUGGUAAUCUGUUUAAUAAAGUUGUUUCAGUUAAUAGUAUGUAUAAUCCACUUCAGCUGGGCAAGCUGGUGGAGGGCUAGCUGAAACAACUAGCAGUGCCUCCAGAAAACUGCACUUCUUUCUCAGUUCAUAGUGUUCUUAUGGAAACUAGUUUAAACCUAGCUGUGUAGCGUUGCAUUAUGUUGCGUUAAAUGGUUCAUCAGAUAUCUCCUGAUUUGACAAAAACUUCUAAAUUUGUUCUCUCUCAGAAUGUGAAAGCAUUUCAACAAAUCUGUAAAAGGAGUGGCAAUGCUGAGAAAAUAAGCUAUGUUUUGAUUUUGAUACUGGAAGUGAAUUUUGUGGCUCACCUCCCUGUUUAACUGAGGCAUAUGUCAUCUUUAUUCUAAAUGAAAGAACUGUGAUUUUCAUAGCAGUUCUGCUUCUGAACUUUGUAAAGCCAAUAGCAAUCUCCCAAGCCUUGGAUUGUGGAUGCACUACCUUAGAAGACCUUCCUGUAUGAAUUCUUCCAGUUCCAUUUACAUGAAACCGAUUUCUUUGGGGUGUCUGUUUUUCAUAGAUCUCUUCCAUUUAUUUCUGAUAACUUUUGUGAGGGUGAGGAAGAAAUUGUAGAUAUCAGCUGGAAAUAAUGUUUGAAGUCAGUUGCUUGUAGAGUUUGCUUGGAAUGGAGAAAACCAAGUUUAUGUAUCAGUCACUUUUUUUUCCUUUGCAUGAGUACAGGGGGAAAGUUAAACAGUAUUCUGGUAACCUCUGAAUUUGUUUAUAGUCAUCCAGUUGGCUCCAACUGAAAUUCUAAUCAAAUUUGUCCCCCAAAAGAAAAAUGUUUAUAGGACAUGGUAUCAAAUUGAAGAAUUGUGAGACACUCACUUAGCCAUCUUUGAGCUGCUUUUCUGCUCCUAUUCAAAACAGAUUAUGGAUCUUUUUUCUUCUUCUUUAUGAUUCUCCCCAUCAGCUUCAGAUAGAGUCUUGACUUACUAACACAUUAUUUUCCCUUGCUUACAAACUUGUUUAACCCAUGAGUCCCCAUAAUUAACAGAAUAUCCAUAUUUUCUGUAGAUGUUUCUGUGGUGUGAUUUUUGUGGCUUCUUCUGUUCUCUCUUACAUUCCAAACCUAAUCUUGGUAGCAAAGGUGUUUUUAGAACUAUUUAUGGCAAUUGAGAUGUUUUGUCCUCUGUCUUACUAGUGACAUCUCAUGUGAAUUUGCCUCCCCUUCUGUUCUGCUGGGAUGAAAGAGUUGAGUGGAAGCUUUGUCUUUACUGGUAGCUCCCAUAUCUCCAUCUGCAGUAUUGGGCAGAUGGGAAUGUGUGGACAUAGCUAUAUGUACAUUUUUUAUAUUCUUUGCAUGGGUGUAUUUUUGUUUCCUCCUAUGGUCUUUAUCAACUUUGCCAACAGUAAUAUUAGGCAGGACAAGGUUAGCAGUAUAUACUUGCAAUGUUGAUUCAGAGCCACUGGCAGAUCAUUCCAGGUAAGGAUUCCUUCUCAUCAUAUAAAUUACACUGUUCCGUCUUUGGUAUUGCCAAGCUUUUGUGUAACAAAUACUUUCUACCUGUCGAGUCUAAAUCAAGCAGACGUAUGGUUUUUUUUUAAUUAAAAUUUUAUUUUUGAAGCUUUGUUUUGGUGGUGUGGUAAGGCUUGUCAUCCUUAAUUUGCAUGUCAAUUUCCAGUAGAUUUGAAAGUGUUUCCGCCUGCUGUUUUUCCCUCCACCAUAAUCUCAUUUCUUUAUUUAGCAAACAGCAUGACUAACCCCCUUCACCUUUUAAAGUAACUGUGCAUACAAUUCUCCUCUGACAGCAUCUUGUUUAAAGUCUGCCACACAGAAUAUGCAGCCUUCUGUGAAUAAUUAAUAGGACAAAUAUGUAUCCUGAUUUACCAAUAGCUAUGUGUGUGUAAGUCUUGAUUUUUAAGCUUCAUUUUUCUUAUUCUGCAUUUAAUUUUUCUGUUUUGGCAUUUUUCCAGUGUCUAUUGCAGUAUUCAGAGUUUGGUCUAUGGUAUGCCCAGUGAGCAUUCGUAGCCUACAGAGUAGAGCUUUGGACAUGGUAAUUCCCUCUGUGAAGCUGUGGCUUUAAAAUUUGGUUUCUACUAUAUAUUGAAUUCUAUUGCUGUUGCUUACACUCAGUAUUUUUGACAAAUGCAAGGCUGAGUAAGUCAACUGUGACAUUAAUAUGAUCAGUAUGCUGACGUCGCCUUAUCAGAAGGGACAUGAUAAAUUCAUGAAUUUCCAUUUCUCUCUUGCCUCUCUCUGUGUGCAUGUGUGUGUGUGGUUUCUUUUUAGCAGCCAGACACCCUCUACCUUCUUACAAGGAUUAAAUUAUUGGUGGUGUUUUACAAAAUUAGUAGCAAAUCUAGGUUUUAUUAUGUGUGUGUUUUUGAUGCUUAUGCAUAUUGUCCUCGGGCAGUUGCCUUUUUCUAGAAGUGUACAUGAACAUACAGUAUGUUCCAAGACAAUCUGAGUGCUAUGCUCUAAAAUGAUAGAGACUUAAACUGAUACCAGCUGAGCAGUGUUUGUCUACGUGUGGAAAUUUACAUUUUGAAAAAGGCUUGCUUGGCGACAUGAAUUUGGAACAGCACUGGAUUAAAGGAAGACUGAACUGACGCUGCCUUCAUGUUCAACAUUUGGCUACAGUCAUUAGACUGAUGACUGUAAUUAAUAUCUUAAGUGUGCCUACAAAUGAUGCAAUAUGUAAAGUUUCUGCUACUUUUACUCUGGUACCACACUUCAGAUACAGGAAAAGGGUCUACUGUUCUGUACAAUAUAGAUAGUGAUUAUUGUGAUCUUAACAGGAGCAGGCAACUAUGUUGUUUGGGUUUUCAUUCUGAGGAGGAUGAGAUGAGAUGAAAUAGGAUUCAAAUUUCAAACAUUAAAUAUGAACAGUAUUAAAUCAUGACCAUGCAGACCUUGCAACAAGAGAUGUUUUGAUAAACUUAUAAUUUUGGCAGCUGGGGCCAGCAGCAUAAAAUGCACCCCUCCAAUCAGCUGUAUAAUUAAUGAGGUAAAAGUUAGUGAAUUAAUGUAAUUGCACUAUUAGAACACCUGGCCAUUGCACAGGGCAUCAGCAGAACUGUCAGAGCCACAAAACAAUGCACACACAUGUAUACACAUUCAUAGAAAUAUUGUGUAGCAAACCAUAUAUUAAUAACAUGAUUUUUUUAUUUCUUUCUUGGUCUUGUGUAGCCCAGAGGUCUGGUCUACCAAGCCUCAUAUAGACCUGUCCUCUGUCAAAGAAAUCUUUAUCUACCCAUUGUCUGAACAGACCAGCUGUCCAUCUGGACACUGCUGCCUCCUGCUUCUCCAUGUCUGGGCCACAGGCUUAACCUUCUGAGUUCCAGGUGGACCUGUUUUAAAAGGCAAGUGUCUAUCUUGUCUUUUCCUAUAGUGGUAGACCAGGCCAGCCCCGGGGGUGUGCCCUCUAAUUUGGCAUCCUGGGGCAAAGGUCCUAUAGCGUCACCUAGUAACAGCACUGCCUGUUGAUAUGUUUGUGGCAUAUUUAGAGGUGGCAAAGACCCGCCCCAUAUGUAGCUAGGACACUACAUUUCUCCUGACAGAAGAUUAAACAUUUUCCUUUGGGACAUUGUAGCUUCGCAUUGAACUAUAUCUUGUUUGUCCUAUAGUAUUUUAUAGUAGAAGAUUGGAUUGUUGCAGUCCAUCCUUUGGUGCAUGAAGACAUAAUGAAAUCUUUAGCAGUGAAAGCCAAAGAUACAGGCGCUGAAAAUCAGGCCAAAAGGAAGAUAAAAAUUGUUAGCAGGGUGGGUGCGUGGUCAUUAAAGAGAUUUGCUAGACCUUUCUUAUCAUUUCCAACUAUCUAUAAGUCAAUGUACUACAGGGACAUGCAGUUAAACUAGUCUCUCAUUGGUCAUUUCAAGAAGUAAUCUGUAGAAAUAAUUAGGUAAGCACUCCUUCCUCUUGUAUCUCUGCAAAGAACCUUCCCCCCCCCCUCUGCCAUGGUAAGUUAUAUCAGAAUAUGUGUUUGUAUUGUAGAAGAAGUCUGAAGAUUCCAGAUGAACGUGUACAAGAACGUGUACAAGAGACCAAUAUAUAUUGUUAUCCCUCAGUGUUCCACAUGAGGAGAGGUGCUAAUAUGCAAAUUACAGUUAUAGUUCUUUGUGAGAUUCCUGAAUAUUUUAUAUGUCCACACUGACAUUUCAAAUGGCAGCACAAAGUUUUCCUGACAUAAUAAUUUUUGGAUUUCAGGACUGAUUUGUUCAUUUUUAUGUAUUUAUUGAAUUGUUGUAUUGGCUUCAUAUAAGGAAUUCUUAGCUAUGGGACAGAUCUCCACGAAUAACCAUGCUGAAGCUAAUUGACUAAUUUUAAUUAUGUCCCAGACAAUGGACUAUAUAGGUCAGCACCAGACUGUUGGAGCUGGGAAGGGCAGGAAAGAUUUUGAACUCGCCUCCCAUCAGCCCAUCCAAUCACAGUCUAGCUUCUAUUUCUGUAAAAAAGCAUAGAGGAAAUAUUUUUCUUUGUAGCACAGCUCAGUUGUGUUCACUGGAACAGAUGCUACAAUUGUGGAAAGAUUGUUCCUCUUUGGGUUCAGAAUGCUAUGAGAGGGGGACUUUGUCUCCUUGAUAAAUUUGCUGCUCAUGUGUUCUAUCUAGUACACACAGGCUUGAAUCCUAACUUUCACAAAUGGAGUAUUGCAUGUAGAACAGAGUUAUCUUGACACUCCUUUUUCCUUAGCCCUCUUAAAAUGCUCCCCCUCAUUUGGGUUUGGAAACUCUCCAGAAUGGUGUGGGGUGGGAGAAUAAAGGUAUAACAAUAUGUAUAUUUGGGAACCCUAAUUUACUGCAGUGUAUUUUCCUAAAUUGUAUCUUGUCCUAUUCAGGUGACUGAACACUUGGGUAAGGGUUGUAACUGAGCAUGUACAUUAAAUGUAAAAGGUAUAGACUCAAUUGAGAAAGACACGAGUGACUGCCUCUUGAGCGCUGGUGCCAGUCGGUGUUGAUAAUACUCAGCUGGGAUGGGUCAGUGAUCCAGCUUGACAUAAGGCACCUUGCUGUCUUCCAAGGUUCAUGCAAAAAAGAGAGAAAACACUAGAACAAGGUGAACUUCUAAAAUGUAUACAGUACUUAGCAGUGUCAAUGCUAAUGGAACCAGGUAGAUAUAUUAACACAGCACUUUGUUGAUUAUACUUUACCCUGUGAACAAUA